UUAUCUUUAGUUUGAUAAUAAAAAAACAAAGAAGUUAUUCAUUGACAUGACAAAAAAUAAAAAAUUAUAAAAAUAUAUCAUAAUAAUCCACUGUUUGAUGAGGGAGGAGAAUAGAAAGAUAUUAUGAAUUAUGAGUACAUUUUGUUUAAAUAUUAAACUAUGGCACAAAAAGUGUAUUUGUGGAAAGGCACAGAAAAAGUGGAUUUAACGUUUGGCGAUGAACCUAAUGGUAUUAUUAAAAAAUUAGUUAAUAUUGAUAAUCGUAUUUUCAUAUCAACGACGACUAACAAUCUCUAUUAUGGUGAAGUAAAUGUUGAGAAAAACCAAUCAUUAUCCGUAAUACUCAAACGAAUUGAUUUUUGUGCCAUUGAUAUUGCGUCGAAUUCGAAGUAUUUAUUUGUUGUUAAUAAUCAUGGUCAUGUAUUAACGGUAGAUCCAAAUAAUUUUCAAGUUAUUGAUAAAAUUAUUAUAAAAGACGAUGUAAAAGUUUGCAGUCAUGGGUACAAGCAAGAAAACGAAACAAUUAGAAUAAAAAAUAUAGCAGUAAGUGACACUGCAAAAUUAUUCGUUAGUGAAAGCGGUCAAUUAUGGGGAAGUGGAGAUCAACCUCAAAUUGAUAUAAAAACUCAAACACCAAAAAAAAUAAUAUUUUUCGAAGAUCGUACAGUAUCUUUGAUAGCAUGCGGUAUAAAUUUCAAUGUCGUGGUAGCUCGAAAAAUUCCAAAAACUACAAAAGACGAUACAGAUAGUGAAAACGACAUUGAUGAAGUAUUUGUUAAUUCUUGUCCACAAUGUUUAAAUAACAUAACAACUCCUCAAAGUUUGACAUCAUCAGAUACUUGCCCAAAUGGUCUUCUUCCUCAAGCAUUCAGCGAAGACCAUUCAAUGAAUUCAGUAAGUCCUAUAUCAUUUAGCGGAAAGAUUGGUCAUCAUUUAACUUCAAAUACAGCAAUUAGCAAUAAUUGUUCUAAGCUUGAUAAUGAUACAGAAACAAUUGAUAAUAAUGAGAAAGAAAAAAAAAAUCCAAUUUUUAUCAAUACAGAAGCGGCGAGACAAUUUUUAACACGACAAUUAUCUUGGGUUUCGUCUUAUAGCAACGGUAAAGAUGAUAGUAAUGAGCACAUAUCUAAUCCCACGGGGCUAAUAAAACAAAAUGUAUCUAAUAUGGCUAAUUUAGUGUAUGAAGGAGUUAAAACAAUGGGAGAUAAAGUUGUAACAUUAUCACGACAUGUAAGUGGAAGCUCAGACAUAAAUAUAAAUGAUUUACAUGAUGAUACAAGGGAAGAUUUUGAACACAAUGAUGAAGAAAGCGGUAAGCCUACGACAACUAACAGCUUAGCCCACAGUUUGAGAUGUGAAGAAUUUCCAUGGUCUUCUAGUACUGCAUCAUUAGAUCAUGAGUUAUCACUACAAGGAUUAAAUGAACGUAUUAAUUCAUUAGUUACAGCAGGAAAUAAUUUACUUUCAACAGAAUUAUGGGCAUAUGGUGAUAUACAUUUUGGCCAAUUGGGUACUGGCGAUAUUAUUAAUAGACCUAAACCAGUUUUAGUGAGUAAAUUGCAUAACACGGGGGUUAAAAAAAUAUCUUGUGGUUCAUUUCAUGCAUUAGCAUUAACGUUGGAUGGAAGAAUUUAUGGAUGGGGUCAAAAUAGUUAUCGACAAAUUUUUCCAAAUGAAACAAAUGAUCAGAGCUCUCCGCAAUUACUUAAUUAUGUUAUUAAUAAUGAUGAUAAUGUUAAAAAACGGGCCAGAGAUUUUUCAUGUGGUACAAAACAUAGUUGUAUAAAUAUUGAUAAUAAUUUAUUUUUUAUUGGAAAAUCAAGUGAUAAUAAUGAAGUUGUAAAAUUAAAUAUAUCCGAUAAUGAUUUGAAAUAUUUUAUUAAAUUUGUGUCAAGUUCUGGUCCAUUUAGUUGUUGCUCAAUAACAAAUCAAGAAAUAAAUAUUAUUACUAAUGAUUUAACAAAUGAACAAAUUUUAUUAGAAGAAAUGAUUAUUGUUCAUCAAAAUUUAAUCAAGCCAUUUCAAAAAAGAAAUGUUGCAAUACAAGAAUCAAAUGCAUAUGAUACAUUAUGUCGGUGUUAUACAGAAUUAAUGAAUUUUAUUGCAUUAAAUGUGUUAAGUUUAUGUGAUUAUUUUAAUUAUAUUAGUGAAGCAUAUGAAGUUAUAUUAGUUGUUAAUGUUGAUGAAUUUAUAACAGUUUAUAAGUAUUAUUUGAAUGCUGUUUGUGAUAUUACAUCACUAGGUGGUUUUGCGCAUAUUGCAAAAUUAAUGAAUGAUUUACCCACAGUUGUUGUGCGAUUAUUUAAGGAUAAAAUUACUACUAAAGAAGCAUCGAAAAAAAUUUCUAGUGAAGAUAUAAUUACAUAUGCAUUUUAUCAUCUUUUGAAACAAUUUAAUAGAUACAAAGUAAUGCUAUCAAAUUUAAUCAAAAGUAAUGGUACAAAUAUGGGUAUUGAGAGACUUCAAGAAGCGUUAGUGAAGUGGGAAAAAUUUUUUGAUGAUUGUGAAAAACGUCAAAAAGAAGCAGACCAAACAAAAGCAUUUUGGGAAAACUCUGGAAAACUGAUUGAACUUCUUCGAUCUCCUGAACGUCGUUUAAUAAGAGAAUCUCGAUCACAUCCAAUUUUACUUUUUCAUUCCAGUAGAUUUUCAUCGCAUUGGUUUAUAUUACUGACUGAUUGCUUUAUUCACGUAGUUGGAACUUCGCAUACAGUACAUUUAUUACCUACUUUGUGGGUUGAAUCUUUACCAGAUUCUGAAACAUUGGUAAAUGCAAUAUCAAUAACAGCACCAGAGGAUAAUUUUAUUAUUUACACUAACACUGCGACAGAAAGAAAUGAAUGGUUACAAUGUUUGCAAAAUGCUAUUAAACAUAGUCUGAUAAAAGUAGUUGGCCAUACACCACCCAGAGAUCGUACAAGUACUCAUGUAUUCAUUAAACACCCAAUUUAUAAAGAUGCUAAAUAUAGUGGUCGUUGGUCGAAUGGUAAGCCUCACGGUUUCGGCAAAUUAGAGUGGGCCGACGGACGUCUGUAUACAGGACAAUUUUAUAAAGGUGUAAUUCAUGGUUUCGGAAAAAUGGAAGUAUCUACUCAAGGAAUAUACGAAGGAGAUUGGAGAGAUGGUCAGCAAAAUGGAUAUGGAUCCUUCAAAUAUAUUAAUGGUGAUGUUUAUGAAGGAUAUUUUAAAGACGGGCUACCUCAUGGACAUGGAGUAAAAAAAGAGGGACACUUUAUGGCAUCUGUUGCUACAGUUUAUGUCGGGGAAUGGAUGCAUGGUGUCAAAAAUGGAUAUGGUGUCAUGGACAAUAUCUUAAGUGGUGAAAAAUAUUUCGGCUUGUGGAGUAAUAAUAAUAAACAUAUUUGUGGAUUAAUAGUAACUUUGGAUGGAAUUUAUUACGAAGGCUCUUUUGUUCAAGGCGUUAUGACAGGUCAUGGAUUAAUGAUUUUUGAAGAUAAAACACAUUAUGAAGGAGAGUUUAAAUCUGUCGGAGUUUUUGGUGGUAAAGGUGUUUUGACAUUUUGUUCUGGCGACGUUUUAGAAGGACAUAUCCAGGGGGCUUGGAAUGAACCAGUAAAAGUAACAGCAACUUUACAAAUUAAAAAAAAUAGUAUCAACGUUGAAACUAAUUCUAGACCACCAUCCUUUGGUAAAUUAUGUGUGCCACCAGAUCAAAAAUGGCAAGCGAUAUUUCGACAAUGUUAUGAACAACUUGGUAUACCCCAAUCAAACGUUCGUAACGCUAAUUCGUCAGCAGAUAAGUCGAUGGAAUUCCAAAGAUUAUGGCAAAAUGUUGCUGUCAUUAUUAAUAAGUCACAUGAAAAAGAUAGAUCUUCAUUGAAAAAUAUAGAAAAAAGAACUAACAAUGAUUUACUUAAUAAAAUUCCACAGUUUGGUAAAGAUAAAAUAACAUUGAAGGAGUUCAACGAAAUUCAUAAUUAUUUGAUCAAUGCAUUUGAAAGCCGUCAUCAUCCUCUUGGUAAACUGUUGAUUGAAAUUUCAUCGGUGUAUACAGCGAGUUAUGGAGGUGUAAGAGUUCAUCCAUUAUUAUUAAGUCACGCUGUGUCAGAACUUCGUAGUAUAACUAUGAGAGUUUAUGAGAUAGUUACAUUAUUUUUUCCCGCACUACCAAAAGAUGAUAAAGGAUGUGUUUUAGAGUCUGAUGAUCAAAGUGAGAGUAAAGUAAUAAGCGCUACGGGAAUACUGCAUCCAAUUUUGCUUCCUCGGGUGCAUUCAGCGCUGUUUGUACUUUAUGCACUACACAAUAAAAAAGACGACGAUGCAUAUUGGGAGCGAUUGAAAAAGUGGAAUAAACAACCUAUCAUAUCUCUGAUGGCAUUCUUAGAUGUUGAUCAAAAAUUUUGGAGUAAAUCUAAUAUUACAUUAGACAUAAAUAAUGGCGAAACACUUUUUAUUGAGGCAAUUGAAACUUUACAACAACUGAAAACGACUUUUUCACCGUUAGAGAAACUUUUAGUUAUCCGUAAUACGUUUGAACAAAUAACAAAGACAGUACAAAAACAAUUAGGUAUAACUUAUUUAUGGACAAUGGAUGAGCUAUUUCCAGUAUUCAAUUUUGUAGUGGUGCGUUCUAGUAUUCUACAAUUAGGUAGUGAGUGUCAUUUCAUUGAAGAUUUUAUGGAACCUUUUUUUCAAAAUGGUGAAUUAGGUAUCAUGUUUACUACUUUAAAGGUAAAAAUAAUUAUUUUCAAUCAUGCUCUAAUAAUACGCAUAAUUAUGUUGAUGGCAUAUAUUUUACUUGGGCUUGUAAAAUUUUUAUUUGGAUAGUAAGGAUUACCGUGGCAAAAUUAAUUAAUGAUAAAACUAGAUCUAUAUUGCACAAUAUUAAUAGAAUAAUUUCAAAGAAUAAGUAUUCAAAAAACCCUCUAUGAAAAAUCGGUCAAGUCUCAAAAUAAUUUUUUUAAAUAUCCGAAAAAGUUUGAACUUAUUUUUUUAUUUCAUAAAAUUUUUUUAAUAAUGCAGCAUUCUUUUAUUUUUCUUAACUAUACAAUAAACUAAUUAAGAAAAACAUAAUCCAUUGAAAUUUUUACUAGCAAAAGUAAAUCAAGCCGUAUUAUCUGUCUUUUUCCAUUUUUUUUUGUAAUCGGUAUUAAUUUUUGUUUUUUUAGGCUUGCUAUUAUCAAAUUCUACAGGAAAAAAUGAGUAUUGUUGAUUAAAACAAAUAAUUGUAUAUUGUUAUUCAUAUUUGAAAGAUUAUGUAAUAUAUAUAAUAUAUCUUUAAAUAUUGUUAAAUGUAAUGAAAGUUAAAAUAAAGCGUAUAUAUAUGAGUAUUUAUACUCAUAAAUUAAUUGUUGAAUUUAA